AUGACCGACGAAGAGGUGCUUUUCGACGACGUUUACGAUCUGUGCGAGGAAAUCGGAAGCAUGGACGGCUCCGAUUUGUGCUACGAAAUCGUACGUCGGGCCUCGUCCGGGUUCGUCUACAGCGAAGCAGUAGCCAGCCAUUACAUGCGUCAAAUAUUGGAGGCGUUGAGGUAUUGCCACGAGAACGAUAUCGUGCACAGGGACAUCAAGCCGGAGAGCAUCCUGCUGGCGACGAAGGAAAACUCGGCGCCCGUGAAAUUGGGCGGGUUCGGCGUGGCCGUGCAAUUACCGGAUCAACAUCCCAUCAGCAUGGGAGAAUGCCUCGUGUUUGAAUACCGGACCAACCUCAGUCCUUUGGGUCGGCUGUACCUAAAAUCUGACAAAGCUGGCAGGGUGGGCUGCCCGCACUUCAUGGCCCCGGAGGUGGUGGAGAGGCGGCACUACGGCAAGCCCGUGGACAUUUGGGCGGCGGGCGUGCUGUUGCACGUCUUGUUGUCGGGCUCGUUGCCGUUCCACGGCAGCGGCAGGAGACUGGUCGAGCAAAUAUGCAGGGGAAAAUUGCACGACAGAGAUAAGGGAUUGCGAAUUCACCUCAACGAGACUGUAGAGGAAUUGAAAACAUACAAUAGCCGUAGGAAAUUGAAGAGUUUCGUGCUCAGCGCUGUCAAUUCUUGUAAAUGGUACCCGUACGACGAUUCCAAUGCGGAUUCCUUCUCGGAUUUCGGCGACGAUGAAGUGUCUUCCUGCGCCGUAUCCACAAUCAUCGAUUCGCUAGAUGACAUAUGUUGCCUUCAAGAGACCCAACCUCAGGAGCGAGCUCAUCUUUUGGCGCUCCUCGACGACGCCCAUCUUCAAAUGCUACUCGAGCUGUACGAUCGGAUCCACAGCCGCGUGCUGACACCUCUGCGGGCCCCGCUGAACGACGCCGUGCAGUGCGCCCGCGACGCCGCCGACGCCCUUCGCGAUCUCGAGCACCGCCGCGACGCCGACUACAGGGACCUGCAGGAGCUGAGGGAUCUGCUCUGUCGGCCGCACUUCAAGUGGACGAGUGUCGAGUGGUCGAAACGAGGCGCGUUCGGCGUUGUUAUGAGCAGUCGAUUCCCGUUGAUAAGGGACUAUUAUCCAUCGAAAUCGCCGUUGCGUCCGGUCCUGGCGGGUCCAGGGCCGGGUUCGCUUCAACGUUUGAACGAAUCGUGGAUAGGCGAGGAGACGAAACGCUCUCUGCCGCCGCACGUUUAUAAAUAUUACUUGGCAAGGACGAGGUGCUACAGGAGGCAGAGCCUUAAGACUAGAAACGUACACAAUCCCCCCGGCUCGUAUUCUCGCCGAUUGCCCAGAUGCGGUAACAAUAUAGCGCGAUCAAUCGUCCUGGAUCCGUACGGACCGGGCGGAUGGCCUUCUCAUCCGCACUCGCCCUACGACGUAGGCGGGGGUUACGGCUGGGCGGGGGAUCAGCCUGGGCGAUCGUCCGAUCCCGUUACGCCUUCCGGGAACUUGCCUAGGGGCUUGGAUAAUCCCUAUCACAAUUCCUGUCCCGUACACAGUCCCUUCAGGUACAGGUUCCUCAACGGUGGCAUCGACCACCAUCGGCACGAGCACCAUUUGCACCAUCACCAUCACCAGUCGCUGUUGCAAGCCCACGAUGUGGUGGCGCACGAGAUCUACGGCGAGGACGCCAUGCGCGUCACGCCGCCCCCGCUCUUGCCGUACCUCAACGGCGGCGACGAUCUGGACGGCCCGAACGGCGAGAUCGAGAUGGAAAACGGUAUCACGUUGAAGAUGAACGAGGACGGUAAAUGCAUCGUGGCGAGGAUAAUGCACGGGGGGAUGAUCCAUCGGCAGGCCACGCUGCACGUAGGCGAUGAAAUUAGAGAAAUUAAUGGGAUUCCCGUCGUCAACCAGUCGGUUAACGCGCUACAAAAAAUUCUCAGGGAAGCACGAGGUUCGGUGACGUUUAAAAUCGUACCGUCGUACAGAAGCGCCCCGCCGCCUUGUGAGAUUUUCGUUAGAGCGCAAUUCGAUUACGAUCCUUUGGAGGACGAUCUCAUACCGUGCGCCCAGGCGGGCAUCGCCUUCAAAACCGGCGACAUUUUACAAAUAAUAAGUAAGGACGAUCAUCACUGGUGGCAGGCGAGGAAGGACAAUGCAGCCGGCAGUGCAGGCCUCAUACCGUCGCCCGAAUUGCAGGAAUGGAGGGCGGCGUGCGCCGCCAUGGAAAAAACGAAGCAGGAACAAGUGAAUUGCUCAAUAUUCGGCCGCAAGAAGAAACAGUACAAGGACAAGUAUUUGGCCAAGCACAAUGCCGUUUUCGACCAAUUAGAUUUAGUUACGUACGAGGAAGUUGUUAAAUUACCUACUUUCCAAAGGAAAACUCUAGUGUUACUCGGCGCUCACGGUGUCGGCAGGAGGCACAUCAAAAACACCCUCAUCGCCAAACAUCCCGAUCAAUACGCCUAUCCGAUACCGCAUACAACGAGACAGCCGAGAUCGGACGAGGAGAACGGUCGCAAUUACUUCUUCGUAUCGCACGACGAGAUGAUGGCCGACAUCGCGGCCAACGAGUACCUGGAGUACGGUACGCACGAGGACGCGAUGUACGGCACCAAAUUGGACACGAUCCGCAGGAUCCACCAGGACGGUAAAAUAGCCAUACUCGACGUGGAACCGCAGGCGCUCAAAGUGCUGCGUACAGCUGAGUUCUCACCAUAUUUCGACGGUAGUUUGGAGCGAUUAGCGAAAGAAUCUGAUAUGCUUCGGCACGCGUACGGCCACUACUUCGAUUUAACUAUAAUAAAUAACGAUAUCGACGAGACGAUAGCCGCUUUGGAAUCGGCCAUCGAACACGUCCAGACCGCCCCGCAGUGGAUACCGGUCUCGUGGGUCUACUGACAGGAAGAUUACUAUCCGGACGACUCGGGAUCAUCGUACCAGAACUUUUAGAACGGUAAUAUUCGGAUAACUAUAGCAUUGGGUUAUCAUUGAAGUUAAAUGGAAUUGUUACAAUCUAAUGUUGUGGAUGAUAAAUUAUCGGGAUUUUAUCUAGGAUUAAAAAGGUAACGUUUAGUGCUAUACAAGGUGUGUAAAAAAUUUAAUGAAAUUUGUAGAGUAUACAUUGCACAUCACACAACGAACUAUUGAUAGUAUAUAAUUUUUUUGAGCUAAACAUUUAACUAAAAAAUAACACAAAUAAUGUUGAAAAAGUUUUUAAAUCUGAAUGUAACCAGUUUCAAUCAUGCAUUGUAAUGUAAUAGCACUUAGAUAUCGAUAAGCUUGUUAGAUUAAUUUGUAAAUUAAUUUUAAUUGCUACACCUUGUAUAAUACUCUUUAUUUUACGUUCCAUUCUAAUAUUGUAUUACUUGUUACAUACUAUUUAUUUUAUUAUCUUCUUGGUUUCUAUAGAGUGAAAAGUCGAAAAGUUCCUGUUGUACCACACAAAAAAAUUCAAAUUAUUUUAUUAGUAGUAAUUAAAUCGAACAGAAACUUUUCGAUGCGUGUGCAUUGAACCGAAAAUUGAUGGGAAAUACUUUAAUUUUCGCUUCGAAUGUCAAUAAAAAAAACCUCGUACGUAUUUUUAAUCACUUGAAGAAUAAGACGACAAAGGAUCUUAACCUGUCGAACAUGUAUCGUUCUAAUAAUGGGAUGUUUAUGAAUGGACAAAACGACUAAAAUCAAAGGUUAAAUGUACCCCAGGAUUUACUAAAAAUGAACUAAAAUGAUCGAUAUAGUAAUUAGUUAUAAAUGAAGUUUGCAAUUUACUGAAAAACAAAUAUAGAAGCAACCGUAGAAUCGAUAUUUCUGAAAUAAAAAUUAUUAUUAAGUAAAUUGUUUCGUUCAUAUUGUAGAACCCGUAGGGUCAAUCUUUUAUU